UGGAAAGUAUACUUCUAAGGAAUCCCGACCUCUUCAUGUUGUAUUGGGAAAUGAGGCUUGUGACUUGGAUUCUAUGGUGUCUGCUCUCACCUUGGCCUUCUACCUGGAAAAUACUUCUGAGUCCAAGGCAGCCUUUGUGCCAGUUUUAAAUAUCCCACGCUCUGAGCUAGCCCUGCGAGGUGAUAGUGUCUUUCUGCUUUCGGAACUUAACAUCCCAGAGUCCUCCUUGAUAUUCCGUGAUGAAAUUGACCUUCAUGCUUUGCACCAGACUGGACAACUUAGCCUUACCCUUGUUGACCAUCACAUCCUGCCAAGCAGUGACACAGCUCUAGAGAAGGCUGUAACAGAGGUAUUGGACCACCGACCCCUGGAGCAACAACACCCCCCUCCCUGCCGAGUAACAGCAGAGCUGGUGGGGUCCUGUGCCACUCUGGUGGCCGAGAGAAUCCUUCAGGGAAAGCCAGAAAUCUUGGACUGGCAAACUGCAGCACUUCUGCAUGGGACCAUAAUCUUGGAUUGUGUCAACAUGGCCCCUGAAGCUGGCAAGGUCACUCCAAAGGAUUCUAAAUAUGUGGCACAGCUAGAAGCCCACUUUCCAGACCUACCUAGUAGGAGCAACAUCUUUGAGUCCCUGCAGAAGGCAAAGUUUGAUGUAUCAGGGCUGACUACAGAGCAGAUGCUGAGAAAGGAUUUGAAGACAAUCUCUGGGGAUGGUACCAUGCUGGCCAUUAGUGCAAUAUACAUGGAUUUGGAGAUCUUCCUUCAGAGAUCCAACCUCAUGGCAGAGCUAGAUAUCUUCUGCCAAGCUCAAGGCUAUGAUGCCCUUGUUGCGAUGACUAUCAAUUUCAACCCUCAUAAUGAGCCAGUGAGGCAUCUGGUUGUUUUCUGUCCUAGCAUGGACCUCCAGAGUAUGAUCUGUGAAGCCUUGGAAUGUUCCCGCUGUCCACCUCUGAAUCUGACUCCAGCCCCGUCCCACCACCCUAAUCUCAGGGCCUAUUUCCAAGGAAAUGCUCUUGCUUCUAGGAAGAAAGUUCUCCCCAUCCUCAGAGAUGCCCUAUGGGGGCAUCCUGGUGCCAUGAAGACACCUUCAGGAACACCUGGGCCAGAAGGCUGCUCUCAGGAGCAGAUGGAUGAUGAACUGGGCAAAGCCAUUAAUACCCUGAUUCCUGAAAUGUGUAGAGAUGACGAGGAACCCGUGCUGCCCCCCACGCCUAUGAACAGCUUAGUAGACGAGUGCCCUCUGGAUCGGGGACUACCUAAACUUUCAGCUGAGGCUAUCUUUGAGAAAUGUAGCCAGAUCACAAUAGCACGUUCCUCCACCAGUCCUCCCCAAAAGAAGAAGUGAUCUGUGGGGUGGGAAUAGGGGGACAUUGCAGAACAUAGUGGGAGAAGGUGCCCAGCCCAGCUUGAAUGCAUGAUUUGGAAUAUGUAGGGAAUUUCUGUGAUUCUCUUCAUUGCUGCAGGACCCAGGUACACUAUUCACAUAGAUGUGGAAGGAGAUAGAAGUGAAAGGAGAUGUGAUGGCUAUAGGGAUGGUUUUCUACCUUCCCUGACAAUUUGCUAUGAAUCAGCCAAUUUUCUUUAUUGAUUAAUUCUGGAAAUCUGCACUGGCCUCAUUCUUCUACAACCCAGGGGUGUAGCAUCUCACACACAGAUCUAUGAAAAGGUAGAUAUUAAGAGGGAGAAGGAAAUGGUAUCAGGUGAACUCCAGCAAUGCUCUCGGCCCCUAUCUGAACAAAGACUGGGUUCCUCUCAUGAAACUGAGGUACAAAUCCAUGUGUUCAUCAAGUGUUUGACUCUGUAUUCUGUGCUAGGUAGAGUGAAGGUAACUUUGGAAACUUACAGUUUUCAGCCUAUUUAUGAUACCUAGGACCAUGAUUUUUCUUUCUGCCAUUAUUGAGGUGAUAGUGUUUAACUUGAAAGUUAAAUCCAUUCAAUUGGUUCCAUAAAAUUAGAUCUGGCAUUGCAGAGGAUUAUGCUUGAGGCCAGAUUCAAAUCUCACUUUUCUAAGCAGGUUACCAGGCUUCAGGGUUCUUCUAGUCCUGUUUUCCAGAGUGCCAGGGGUUCUUAAAGAUUAGUGUCUGAACUAAUCAGUGAAUCAUUGUCACCUUCAAGAAACUUCUCUCAGAACAGUAAAACUGAAGCAGUGGUUCAUUCUGUCUUUGUGUCUCUGCCUCUCUGUCUUUCUCUGAGUCUGUCUCUGAUCUGUCUCUUGUUUCUCUCUUCCCCUACCAUCAAUUUCUUUUAUGUUUCUUACUUCUUUGCUAGUAUUUCCUCUCUCUUCAUUUAGGAAAACACUUAGUGUUGUGGAAAGAAUUGGACUGACAGUCUGGAGAUUUGAUUUCUGCUGACUUUGGGUUUUAUUUUUAUUGAUGUCCUUUGUAUUUACAUCUGAAUUUGUAUUUACAUUUUUUAAUAUAUCCCACUUCACUCUUCUACCCAGUGAACUAUCCUUGUAACAAAGAUUUAAAAAGAAAGAGAAUUCAAGUCUUAACUGUGGGACUGUAGGUGUCAGUCAACCUUGCUGAGCUUCUGUUUCCUCCUAUAUAAAAUGAAUUAAUUUUCAUUGAAUGAUCCCUUAAGAUUUCUUCCAACUGUAAGUCUUUUAUCUCUCUCCCUCUAUUUUUCUGUCUUCUUUCUUCAUCAAUUUUCACUUGAGGAUGCGAAGUGGGAAUGUACUCUCCCUCUCCCAACUCAGCCCAGCAAGGUCCAGUGUUGCUAAAUUGUAGGGUGUAUGUUCGUGUGUGUGUGUGUGUGUGUGUGUGUGAGAGAGAGAGAGAGAGAGAGAGAGAGAGAUUAGGCCAAAGGACUCAGCCUCAUGUAGCAUAUACAAGUAUAUGAAUCAUACCAUACCUUAGUGAUUUAUCUAGGAGGAGCCUUCCACUGACUUUCAUGUGUUUGACUCAGCCCUCUGUUCUUCCCCUUUAGUGUCCUCCUGUACCCCUCCAACAAGCCUGCUUCCCUGCCACUUCUUUAUGUUCCCAGAUGACCAGAGAAGGUGCUACCGUUAACUUUACUGAGUAUUUAGGUACCUCUCACCCUUUGGCAUGACAUUGUUCCUCAGAGAGAUGAGAGAGAGUGUGAGAGAGAGUGUGUGUGUGUGUGUGUGUGUAGGAAGAUUGUUUCUUUGAAGGAUGUCUGCAGCCAUAUGAAAGAUAAAAAGCAAUGGCAUAAUCACUGAACCAAAGGAAUUUGUGUUUUGUAAUUGUGGGAAGUUUUAUUUUGCACUUUGUUAAGGCAUUAAAUGCAUUUUUCCUGUUCUGUGUCAUUUUGUCUUUUUAAAAAAACAAACUCUUGCAAUCUUUCCUUUUGCCUUCCUCCUAUGAACCUCAUUCUUUUACCCCCAGUUCUACUCUUCAGUAUGGAUGGUCUGUGGCUUUGCCCUUACCCAUCUCCAGCUCCCUUUAUCCAUUCCUAAAAUAAACAAUGCCAUCUUUGAGA